AGAAAUGUGCGUGUUGCGUACAAUUUAGGCUUCACACCCUGCUGGAAUCGGCUCUGCAAGCUGAUCCUCUAUUUCUGCUUCUUAGCUGUUGGAUUUCCGAUCUGGUAAAUAGCCCAUCUCACUUUCCUUCUUUCUCUCUUUGUACUUAAACAGGGGCCACCUGUACUCAGAGCACAAAAAUGUCAGGUACAAACAUUGAGGAUGUAAAGGAACAAGAGCUUGCUGAUGAUGCACUUAAAAAUAAGGUUGAUGGUGACGAACCGGAGGCAAACCUAAAUGCUUUGGAUAAACAUGAUGAUAGCCCCAUGCCUUCGCCUCAGCAGGAGGAGGAAACUAUCAAGAAAAAAUAUGGGGGCAUUAUGCCAAAGAAGCCUCCACUGAUAUCCAAGGACCACGAACGUGCUUAUUUUGAUUCUGCUGAUUGGGCAUUGGGAAAGCAAGGGGCACAAAAGCCUAAAGGACCACUUGAAGCACUUCGCCCCAAGUUGCAGCCCACUCCACACCAACAAGUGCGAUCAAGGCGUUCAGCGUAUGCUCCUUCAGAUGAUGGUGAAGAUGACAUUGAAAUUACAUCCGAGGAUCAAAGCUGCUCUGUUGAUGGUGAUGACAACAACAACAACAACACUGCUGCUGCGAAUUAGAGCUGCCUGUAUUUUAGAGCUUAAUCAACUACUGAUAACAUGUUUUUGAAAUUGGAAUCUGUCCUCCAAAUAUUUUCUCUAAUGCUUCUGUGAAUAAGCAGUGAAUAAGCAGAACAUUAUAAAUUUUUGUACCUGUUGUAACAUGAAUCACAUUGCCAAUACCCACAUGUAGAUCAUGAUAAAGAUAAAUUCAUGUUCUUGAAUUGCAUA